UGACAUGGUAGACACGUGCUGGUGGAUCCCGAAACUAGCACGUUAUCAGAGUUAGCCGGACUGGAGCCCCCAUGGACCCCAUGAAUUGAAAGUAAGUCCGAUCAUCGCUUCGUUACGCUCACCUACCCCACCCGCCAAAAUGUUGGCCCACAAGACUUUUCUCAAGAAAACCCGUCGGGGCAAGAUUCUAAAAGUGGUGCGCGAACACUAUCUCCGGCAAGAUUUACAUUGCGGUUGGAAAGCCUGCGCGCACUGCGCGGUAGCUGCCCCAUCAGAGGCCUCAGUCGAGGCGCCCUUGAACACGCCCUUGACGCCGCCCGAAGUCAGCCCGUGUGAGGCCGUGGCCUCGCCCCAUCUGCUCAUCUUGGACACGAACGUGGUCUUGGAUCAAAUUGACGUGUUGGAGUCGGGCCAUUUGGCCGAUGUGGUCUUGCUGCAAACUGUGGUGCAAGAAGUUCGCCACCGCUCUUCGCCCAUUUAUAAACGCCUCCAAGAUCUGUUGGCCCAAAGCCAGCGGCGUUUCUACUUUUUCGUCAAUGAGCAUCACGCCGACACGUUCGUGGCCCGCCGACCCGGCGAAACGCCCAACGACCACAAUGAUCGGGCCAUUCGGCGAGCCGCUCUCUGGUACCGCCAACAUCUGGGCUGGGCCGUGGUUUUGCUGACUCAAGACGCCGAUAAUCGUCAAAAGGCCCAAGCUCAGGGCUUAAUCGCGCUCUCCGUGGAAACCUAUGUCCGAGGGCUGGUCGACCAGCCCGAAUUGGCCGAUAAACUGGCCGUGCGAGCCGAACAGGCCCAUGAUUUGACCCGUCCGGCUCUCUUUCCCGAGCAUUGGGCCCCGGCGGCCAUUAAUCGCGGGGUGAAGAACGGUCAGUUACUGGUGGGUGUCUUCUAUCUGAGUCGCACCAAUUAUACCCAAGCUUCGAUUAACGUCGAAGGUCGCGAUCAGCCCGUGCUCAUUCAAGGCUUGGCUCAUCAAAACCGCGCCUUGGAUGGCGAUCGGGUGGCGGUCGAGCUUUUACCGGCACCCGAAUGGCGGGCCGAGUCCGAAGUUGUUCUCGAAGAUGACGGGCAAGAUCCAGGCGAUACGAUAACCGAGGACCACGCGGUGUCCGGGAGCACGUCGCGCCAAGUUCAACCUUCAGGCAAAGUGGUGGGGAUCGUUCAACGCAAACGUCGCCAGUAUUGUGGCGUACUCUUACCCAGUCCUGUGCCUCAGGCCACCCGCCACCUGUUUGUCCCCGCCGAGAAGAAGAUCCCCCGCGUGCGCAUCGAAACGCGCCAAGUGCAGCGUUUGACCGGCCAGCGGAUCAUCGUCACCAUCGACGCUUGGCCUCGGCAUUCGCGUUACCCGCAGGGCCAUUUUGUACGGGCGCUUGGACCCAUCGGUGACAAAGCCACGGAGAAUGAAGUGUUGCUUCUGGAGCACGACAUCCCCCAUUCCAAGUUUUCUGAGGCGGUCUUGGCCUGUUUGCCCGAAUUGCCUUGGGUAAUAACGCCCCAAGACGAAUCUGAACGCGUCGAUUGUCGCCAUCUAGACAUUUGCUCCGUGGAUCCCCCGGGUUGUACCGAUAUCGACGACGCGCUACAUUGUAUCCAACUGCCGAACGGAAACUUUCAAGUGGGCGUUCACAUUGCCGACGUGUCGCACUUCAUCCGGCCAAACACCCCGAUUGACCUGGAGGCGGCUAGUCGAAGCACCACGGUUUACCUAACCGACCGGCGCAUCGAUAUGGUACCGGGUUUGCUUUCUUCCAACCUGUGCUCACUGCGAGGGGGCGUGGAACGGUUUGCGUUCUCGUGCGUUUGGGAAAUGGACCCGGAGGCUCGAAUCAUCCAGACCAAAUUCCACAAAAGCAUCAUCAAAUCCAGAGCGGCCUUAACCUACGAGCAAGCUCAAAAUCGGAUCGACGAUCCAUCAGAUGAGACCUCCGUGACUCAGAGUCUCCGCCAAUUGAUGUCUUUAUCCAAGAUUUUGAAACAGCGUCGACUCGACCAAGGCGCCCUCGUAUUGGCGUCCUCGGAGGUGCGCUUUACGGUGGACAGUGAAACUGCUGAUCCUAUUGACGUGCAAGUCAAGCAAAUGCGGGACACAAACUCAAUGGUGGAAGAGUUCAUGUUGGCCGCCAACAUCUCAUCGGCUAAGAGAAUCUUCCAAGAAUUCCCGGAUUGCGCCAUGCUUCGCCGGCAUCCCGCUCCCCCACCUUCAAACUUCGAUCCAUUGGUGAAGGCCGGCAAGCGACAAGGUUACGAAAUCAAGGUGGAUUCCGGCAAGGCAUUGGCCGACUCGCUGAAUGCCGCCACCGAUGGCAAAAACGCUUACUUCAACACUAUGCUGAGAAUGAUAGCUACCCGUUGCAUGAUGCAAGCCGUUUAUUUUGCGUCAGGCACCAUUGAAGAGCCGCUUUUCCAACAUUACGGCCUGGCCUGUCCUAUUUACACGCAUUUCACAUCACCGAUUCGUCGUUAUGCAGAUGUGAUCGUUCAUCGCCUCUUAGCGGCCAGUAUUGGUGCUGAUUCUACCUAUCCUGCCUUGUUGGACAAGAAGUCCACCCAAAACAUUGCUAAUAACAUCAAUUACCGUCAUCGAAUGGCCCAAUAUGCCAGCCGAGCUUCGGUCAAUCUUCACACGCACAUGUUUUUCCGAAACAAGAAACGGGACGAGAUUGGUUAUGUUCUGUUUGUGCGCCAAAACGCCAUCCAAGUGCUGAUCCCCAAAUAUGGUCUGGAGGGCACUUUGUACUUACGCUCAGACACGGACAAGUCGAUUGCGUUCCAUUUCGACGAGGAUGAGCCCAGUCAAAGCUGCGGCGAUGUGACCAUCCGGCUCUUCCAAAAACUGAGAGUGCAACUGACAUUGGAUUCGUCAAACGUUCAGCAUGAGAAACUGGUUCUGAGGUUGGUCGAGCCUCAUAUUCCGGGAUUUUCCGUGGAGGCCAUUUCCGAUGAUGAGACGAGCAUGGAGGAAGAGGCUCCUCUUGCCGGUUCGACGCCUUCAUCCAAAAUCGAAGCCAAUGCUAAACCGACGAGAAAGCGCUCUUCUCCCCAGAAUUCGAAGGCGACACCCAAGGCUAAAAAGGGCAAGAAAUCGUGAAGAUUGUGGCUUAAUUUUCCAAAUAAAUUGCAUAUGCCCUCGAAAGGUGAUGUUAAAAGA